AUGGAGGGUGAACAAAUGCGCUUGAUGAUAGACCCCAAUGCUGAACCGAAAGCCCACCACACACCAAUCCCAGUCCCACUACACUGGCAAUCAGAGGUUAAAGCUGGCCUUGACCAAGAUGUCGCGUUAGGUGUCCUAGAACCUGUCCCAGUCGGCGAGCCAGUGACUUGGUGCCACCGCAUGGUGGUGUGUGUGAAGAAAAACGGCAAACCCAGACGCACGGUUGAUUUCCAGGCACUUAACCUCCACGCUACCAGAGAGACCCACCACACCCAAAGUCCGUUUCACCAAGUACGCUCCACUCCCAGUGGCAAAAAGAAAUGUGUUUUCGAUUGCUGGAACGGAUAUCAUAGUGUUCCCUUGCACGAAUAUGAUCGCCAUCUUACUACGUUUAUCACCCCUUGGGGACGCUACCGAUACAAAACUGCACCACAAGGGUAUAUUGCAUCUGGCGAUGGGUAUAUACUCUAGACGCUUUGACGAGAUAAGACCAAAGUUAUUGAUGAUGCACUCGAUAUAUGUGGUGAUACGCUCGAUAUAUGUGGGCGUCAAGGAAUUAUCCUAAAUCCUGACAAGUUUGUGUUUGGCCAAGACAACGUUGAAUUCGCGGGCUUCCAGAUCACUCUCACCAAUGUCCGGCCGUGCGCACGAUACCUGGAUGCAAUCCGUAACUUCCCAACACCGACUAACAUCACCGACAUACGAUCUUGUUUGGUCUUAUCAACCAUGCAAGUAUCAUAUGAUCGACCCGCAUGCAACCAUUGCGCGAAGCCCUGAAGCCCGGUACACCCUUCAUCUGGAACGAGGAACUGAAUAACUUAUUCAACGAGUCAAAGACAGUCAUUGUUACCGAGAUUGAAGAUUAAGGCGUCCGUAUUUUCGACAAAUCUAAACCAACAUACAGACUGGUCGAAGAGUGGCAUCGGUUUCUGGCUGUUUCAAAAGCACUGUCAAUGCACAUCUACUGACCCUUUCUGUUGUCCCACAGGCUGGAAAACCACCUUCGUCGGCAGUCGUUUCACCCACGCAGCUGAAGCCCGAUACGCCCCAGUGGAAGGCGAGGCCCUUGCUGUGGCGGAUGCCCUCGACAAAGCACGAUUCUUCACCCUUGGCUGCGAGAAUCUGAUCAUUGCCGUGGAUCACAAGCCCCUACUCAAGUUAUUUGGCGAUCGUUCCCUCGACGAAAUCUCAAAUGCUCGACUCCGCAACCUAAAGGAGAAAACCUUACGAUACAGAUUCAGGAUGGUAACAUUCCCGGCGUGAAACACAAAGCCGCAGAUGCUGUAUCCCGCCACUCAACUGGUCCCAACAAUCCAGAGAAACUGUUAUUACCCGACGACGUCGCAAGCACAAGCAAGUCCACCAACCCACCCUACAUGGACCCAUAUAGACCUUCAUUCUUGACUGGGAUACGAUGCGCAGACCUCACCUCACCUCACCUCAGCUACUACCUCAUCGAGUAUCAAUGACGAACUUACUUCAUCUGCCUCCUCGGCACUGAAUGCUGUAGCAGUUACGUGGGAUAAUGUGAAACUGGCCACGACUAGUGACCCUGCUAUGCAUAUGCUAGCCUCAAUUAUUGAGUCAGAUUUCCCUGACCUCCGCCACGAAUUACCCAGAGAACUCCACGAAUACUUCCAGUUUCGCGAAAACCUAUACACAGUGGACGGUAUCAUCCUCGAUCUACAAAGAUCGUGCAGUGAUCCCACCGCUACUCCGUGA